CCCGCCCCUUGUUGGCUGAUUGUGCCGCCGGUCCCCGACGCUAUCACGAUCAUUAUCGCUAGAAGGGCCCAGGAAUGUUACGUCAGGGGAUUAAGAAAGGGGAAAGAAAGCCCGGACCUAACUGAGGCACUACAUGGCUUUGACUGAACUGGUGCGCGUGAGGUCUUUGCCUUACACCGGUGCACCUGUUCAAGAUUUAUCUCCCUCCGGUGCAUGGAGCGACUUUCCUUGCACAAUUUUAUGGUUAAUGUGAAGAGUAGUACGCCAGAAUUACGCCAAACUCAAUAUCAAGAUGGAAAACCACGUGUCAAGUCAAAUUACACUAAAACACUGGCACUUCCAGAAGGAUUGGGGUGGCACAGCACGCCAAGAUAAGCCGGAGGAGCAAACGUGUGGUGAGUGUGCGGUUUUCUCACACUCGAAGAUGGUGGUGCGGCUUAGUGCUUGGCAUAGUGCUGGGCUGUGCUGCCGCUGCAACACUUCUCACCAGGCUGGAUGGCUCAGACCCCACCAACGUAUUGGGCCUCACCCCAAGGGAGGUGCGGCUGGCAGAGCGUGUGCGGGAGAUGGAGCAGCAGAACCAGUUGUUGCGGCGUCAGCUGAGCAUCUCCCAGAACCAGCUGAUUCAGGCCUGGGGUGGUGACAGGGAGGAUGGAGGGGAGCGAGGGGGGGAGGGCACGGGAAAUAAAGCUACUCCCAGGUGCAAGGAUAAGGAGAUUGGUGUGGGGAAAUGUGAAGUCCUCCACAUUGCCAUCGUCUGUGCUGGGUACAACUCCUCACGCUCGGUGGUCACCCUCCUCAAGUCCCUCCUCUUCUUCCGCCGCAACCCUCUCCACUUCCACAUGAUAGCAGAUGCUAAGGCCCAAGUUGUUCUCCACACAUUGUUCUCCUCUUGGAAUGUGCCUCAUGUGGAAGUGAGCUUUUACCUGACGGAUAACUUGGCUCCAGACAUUUCCUGGGUCCCCAACAAGCACUACUCCGGUGUGUUUGGUCUCAUGAAGCUCACCCUUAACAAAGCCCUGCCAGCCUCCCUCAACCAGGUCAUUGUGCUGGACACGGACAUCACUGUGGCUACGGAUAUUGCCGAACUCUGGAAUCUGUUCUCCAAGUUUGGUCCGAAGCAGUUCUUGGGCCUGGUGGAAAAUCAGAGUGACUGGUAUUUGGGUAAACUCUGGAAGUCACACCGACCGUGGCCAGCACUAGGGCGAGGGUUCAACACGGGGGUAAUUCUCAUCCGGCUUGAUGAGAUGAGGCGCAGCAACUGGUCCCAGCGCUGGAAGCUGAUUGCUGAAAGGGACCUGACCACCCUCUACUCCACCCAGCUGGCUGACCAGGACAUCAUCAAUGCUGUGGUCAAGCAACACCCUGAGGUGUUAUAUACACUACCCUGCCAGUGGAAUGUGCAGCUCUCAGAUAACACCCGCUCUGAACUGUGUUACCUUGAGGUGAUGGACUUGAAGGCCAUUCACUGGAAUUCACCAAAGAAGCUCAAAGUGAAAAACAAACACGUUGAGUUCUUCCGCAACCUUCACCUCACCUUCUUGGAGUAUGACGGCAACUUGCUGCGUCGUGAGCUCUUUGGGUGCAACCAUUCAAGGACCAGUGCUGCCACCAGUCCCCUAGCCCAGCUGAAUGAGGAGGACGAGUGCUAUGAGUUCCGGCGAGCCUGUCAGACCCACUACCGCACCCACCUUUUCUUCCUGGACCAUGAGUACGACGACCCCACACCUGAUGGCUAUGACGUGACCCUCGUAGCCACCCUUUCCAUGGACCGCCUGCAGAUGGUGGAGCAGCUCCUCACCCAUUGGGACGGUCCUGUAAGUCUAACACUGUAUAUGUCAGACGCUGAGGCUCAACAGUUUUUGGCGUACACUCAGAGUUCAGAAAUCAUCGCCAGCAGGAAGAAUGUGGCGUAUCAUGUGGUGUAUAAAGAAGGGGGGAUGUCUUUCCCUCCCUUUCAGAAUUUCUAUCCAGUGAACUUCUUGCGCAAUGUUGGGGUGCAGCAGGUCAACACACCUUAUGUCUUCCUCACGGACAUUGACUUCCUGCCCAUGUUGGGGCUUUAUGGCUACCUGCGUAGGACUUUGCAGGCCCUCCAUCCAGACAGCUCCAGGACGGCGUGGGUAGUUCCAGCCUUUGAGACCCAGCGCUACCGCCUCUCCUUUCCUCGCAGCAAGGCAGAGCUGCUCAACCGCCUGGACAUGGGGGAGCUGUUCACAUUUAGGUACCAUGUGUGGACCAAGGGUCAUGCACCCACCAACUUUGCCAAGUGGAGGACAGCCACCACCCCUUACAAGGUGCCAUGGGAACAGGACUUUGAGCCUUACAUUGUGGUGCGGAAGGACGUCCCUGAGUAUGACACGCGGUUUGUGGGCUUUGGCUGGAAUAAGGUUUCCCACAUUAUGGAGCUGCAUGUGAUGGGCUUUGAGUUUGUUGUGCUUCCCAAUGCCUUCAUCGUCCACAUGCCUCACGCACCAAGUCUGGACAUAGCAAAGUUUCGUACGUCCCCUCAGUACAAGCGGUGCGUAAAGAUUCUCAAGAGGGAAUUUGUAGAUGACCUCAACAGGAAACACAACAGUGAUAUCUCCCUCCUGUGAAGCAAAUGGCCACUGUUUGGUCUAUUCCAGUCAUAAGCAAGAUUAACAAUGUUUGAAAUCUCUGGGAAACACAAGGUUGACCUUCUUGCAAAUAAAAAGUAAAUAAAAGA